CCGAGCCACCCUGCUCCGCGGCACGCACGAGAGAGGGGUGGGAUAUUCUGGAAAGAAGGAAAGCUCUGUUUGUGGACAGACAUCGGCCAUUCUUCUCCAUGGCUAACCAUUGCAACGGGAACUCCGGCGGUGCCUUCAAGAUGCCAGAGAUAAAGUUCACCAAGCUCUUCAUCAAUGGCCAAUUCGUCGACUCCGUCUCUGGGAAGACAUUCGAGACAAGGGACCCACGAACCGGAGAGGUGAUAGCUAAAGUUGCCGAGGGCGAUAAAGAGGACGUGGACUUGGCCGUGAAGGCCGCGAGAGAAGCCUUCGACCAUGGCAAAUGGCCUCGCAUGUCCGGUUAUGAGAGGGGAAGGCUGAUGAUGAAGUUUGCAGACUUGAUCGAAGAGCACAUAGAAGAGUUGGCGAUGCUGGACAGUUUAGAUGCCGGAAAGCUGCUCAAAAUGGGGAAAAGUAUGGACAUCCCCCACUGCGCGAACAUGCUGCGGUACUACGCCGGGGCCGCAGAUAAGAUCCACGGAGAGACCCUAAAGCUGUCCAGCCAGUGCCAAGGCUACACGCUCAAGGAGCCCAUCGGUGUGGUCGGCCACAUCAUACCCUGGAAUUUCCCCUCCACCAUGUUCUUCUUAAAGGUCAGCCCCGCUUUGGCCGCCGGCUGCACCAUGGUCGUCAAGCCUGCCGAGCAAACUCCUCUCUCUGCCUUGUACUUUGCCCACUUGGCCAAGCAGGCUGGUAUUCCGGAUGGAACGAUCAAUGUUGUCAAUGGAUUCGGUGCCACAGCUGGUGCGGCCCUCUGCUCGCACAUGGAUGUCGAUAAAAUUAGUUUUACUGGCUCAACUGAAGUAGGACGCCUGGUGAUGGAGGCAGCUGCUAGAAGUAAUUUAAAGCCCGUGUCGCUUGAAUUGGGCGGCAAGUCUCCCAUCAUCAUCUUCGACGAUGCCGAUGUCGACAUGGCAGUGGAUUUAGCCCAGAAAGCCAUCUUCUAUAACAAGGGAGAAAUUUGCGUUGCAGGGUCUCGUAUCUACGUUCAGGAAGGAAUUUAUGAUGAAUUCGUAAAGAAGGCGGCAGAGAGCGCCAAAGGCUGGGUAGUUGGAGACCCCUUGGACCCCGAUGUUCAUCAAGGCCCUCAGAUUGACAAGAAACAAUUUGAAAAAGUUCUUCAAUAUAUUGAGCAUGGUAAGAGAGAGGGAGCUACCUUGCUGACUGGAGGAAAACCCUGUGGAGAGAAAGGUUUCUACAUUGAACCAACAAUCUUCACUGAUGUUAAGGAGGACAUGAAGAUCGCCCAAGAUGAGAUAUUUGGACCCGUGAUGUCCCUCAUGAAGUUUCAGACGAUCGAGGAGGCGAUAGAGAAGGCGAAUGCUACAAGAUAUGGCCUGGCUGCUGGAGUCCUGACUAAGGAUUUGGACAUAGCGAACCGAGUCUCAAGAUCAGUUCGUGCAGGCACCAUUUGGAUCAAUUGUUACUUCGCAUUCGACCCAGAUGCUCCUUUUGGUGGGUUUAAGAUGAGUGGAUUUGGAAGGGACUAUGGACUGAAUGCAAUCGAAAAGUAUCUUCAAGUUAAAUCAGUGGUCACUCCUCUCUACUCUUCCCCUUGGCUGUAAUUAGGUAAUAUAAGCAGGAGAAAAUCACUAGGUGUUUGAAUCUCUGCUUUUGUGUUUGUAUCUGUUCAAAGAUUGCUGAAGCAAAACCUCUUUUCCCCCAACAAUUACAACUUUUUUUAUCUGGCUUGGUAUUUAUGAGGAUCAUUGUAUAGACUCUUGUUAUGUUCCAGUUGUGUUUGUUUUACAGUUA